AUGAAGUCUCCUAUCCCCGACUAUCUUCGACAGGUAUUGGAAAAAGCCCGCCCGGAUGACUCGGGGCAGCUUGCCAAUUAUAUCGAUGUCCUGGCUAAAGCGGACCCCUCCAAGAUGGCCAUAGCGCUGUCCACUGUAGACGGGAAUCUAUACUCGGCCGGAGAUGAUGAGGUUGAGUUCUCCAUCCAGUCCAUUUCCAAAGCCUUUGUUUAUGCUAUCGCCAUUGAGGAUGCCGGGCUUCCGCGGGUCUUGGAAAAAAUCGGUGUGGAACCGUCGGGCGACGCAUUUAACAAGCUGUCGUUGCAACCCGGUACCAACCGACCCAUGAACCCUAUGAUCAAUGCUGGUGCUAUCGCUGCCCACACACUGGUGGCGGGAGAGAGUGCCAGCGCGGAGGAAAGAGUUGAUCACAUCUUGAAGGUACUGUCCAAGUUGGCUGGUCGACAGUUGAAAGUGGAUGAAGAAGUCUAUGAGGCCGAACUUAAGGAUGCCAAUCGAAACAUGGCCAUUGGCUACAUGCUCAAGGCAGCAGGCAUCAUUUCGUGUGAUCCACAGGAUGCCGUACGCGGUUAUAUCCGCCAAGGCUCCAUAACAACCAAUGUACGCGACCUGGCCAUGAUGGCAGCAACGCUGGCCAAUGCCGGCGUGAAUCCCAUUACCGGGGAAGAGAUCAUGCCUCACCAAAGCGCCCGUCAAGUCUUGUCCGUUAUGACUACCUGUGGCAUGUACGAUGCCGCCGGUGACUGGGUGUCUAGGGUUGGCAUGCCGGCAAAGAGUGGCGUGGCCGGCGGUAUCAUCGGCGCCCUUCCCGGCCAAGUGGGCAUUGCCGUCUUCUCCCCGAAGUUAGAUGAGCGUGGCAACAGUUUCCGGGGCGUCAAGAUGUUUGAACAGCUCUCAUCCGAAAUGGGCCUUCACAUGAUGGACAUCAGCCAGGGUUCCAUGUGGGAGUGA